GAGAAGAGAGAGAGAGAGGAGAGAGAGAGAUAGAGAGAGAGAGAGAGCUGCUGCAGCUGCUGCAUCUGACACAGCCAUUCACACCAGCCCCCCUCACGCCACGCCCGCGAGCCAAACGAUGCGCGUUUCCGCCGCCCUUCUUCCUUCUCUCUCAGCCGUCCAUCACCAAACCCCACCUCAUCAUCAACGGUCCAAAUCAUCUCCACCUCUCCUCCACCCCCCUCUCUCCAUCUCCUCCUCCCAUCCAUAAAAAACUCUCCACCCCACCACCGUCCGUUCCCUUCAUCAAUUCACGAUCAGAUAUCCAAACUUCGUACGAGAAAUCAUCCGUACUUUUUUGGGGUUAUCCUCGUUUCCCUUGUAUUCACCAGAUCAAGAGAAAAGGGGCCGUUCCUCAACGAUUCCGGGGGCGAAAUUUCCAUUUCUACCCGCGUAGCUGGUAUGGUAUUUCCACCGCCGUGGUUUUUUCAUUUCUGCAUAGAUUCUCAAACGCGAGAAGCAGCCACGUUGAUUUCACAUCUCAUAUCAGAAACGGCCCGAAAUCCCGCUGUCCUGAAAUCUGCAUGCAGAAAGAGAUAGCUACAACAAUAGAAGGAGAGCCAGAGAGAGAGAGAGAGUGGUAGUGGGUGUAAAUCCGGAGAAAAUAGAGGUUUUUCUAUAUAGAGAUGCAGCAGGAACGGAGGGUGAGACCAGAACAGCAACAGCAACAGCAACAACCACAACCACAACAACAGCCACAGAGAUGCCCUCGUUGCGAGUCUCUCAACACCAAGUUCUGCUACUUCAACAACUACAGCCUUUCCCAGCCUCGAUAUUUCUGCAAGACCUGUAGGCGGUACUGGACCCAGGGUGGGACCCUACGCAACGUGCCGGUCGGUGGCGGUUGUAGGAAGGGAAAACGGUCUAAAAGACCCUCUUCAUCUUCUACUUCUAAUUCCUCUUAUUCUUCCUUAGCUCCCACAACGAGCUCUGAUAGCGGUUAUCAACAUAACCUACUAUUACCACAACAGCAUCAACCACAGCAAGACUCGAUUGUGGUUGCUACUACGAGUAACAGUCCUUUAAGGAAUGGACCGGAUGCAACUGCCGGAACGGGGAGCAGCUGUUCUUCUUCUUCUUCUUCAUCAUCACCUUCUUCAUUUCCUUAUUACAGCGGCGGUGGUGGAGGGUUCUUUUCUUCUCUAAUCGCUCUUCAAUCCUUCAACCAUGCCAUGAACGUUGCUGAUUUCAGCGGUCUUCCAUCAUCACCGGCGACCUCCCCUUUCAAUCUCCCGAUGUUACCAGGAUUCGGUCUCCCUCUCCAUCAACAACAACAACAACAACAGCGAAUUCAGCAUCAGCAACAACAGCAAUCUCAAGGAUUUCAAAUGGGUGGUGGUGUUAUAGACAGACCCCUUCAACAGCUUCUACUACCGAUGCAACCGAGCCGACCUGCUGCUGCCACAGCUACUACUCAUCAUCAGGAAUGGCCCCCACAUACGAUCGCUCCAGAUGGAGAUUAUUGGAACAGCAGCAGCAUCGGUGGGCCACCAACGAAUACUAGCCAUUGGCCUGAUCUACCAGGUUAUGGUCCUUCAUCUUCCUCCCCAUCCUUCUUAUAAUCGUUAAAGGCUAAUUACCUAACCACUCUCACUUGCUUUGAACUUUUUUUUUUUUUUUUCUGUUUCCUUUUUGGGUUUUGCUCCAAAUUCCACAAUUGCAUUACAGGAGAGAUUAUAUCAGUUUCUUCUGCUGUAGAUAAAAAGGAGGGAGAUGGUUUCUUUUCUUGGGGUUUUUUUUUUUUUUUUUGCUCUUUUUUCUUGUUUUGGGUUUGGUGAUUUGCUUAGAAGAUUAUAGAUAUUGAAAAAAGCUUUUUACUAUCUUUUCCUUAUUCCAAGGUAGGAGAUGAAGAAGAUGAAAGAGAGUUUUGUGUUAUUCAAGUGACAAGAUAGUUCGUUUUUGUGCAUGUGCAUUUGGAAUCUGACGAUUAAGUGCUUUAUCAUUUCUACAGUCUGAUGCUGCUCAGAACCACUGCUCUCUUCUUUUUCUUUUCUUCUUCUUCUUUUUCUCUCUCUCUCUCUCCUGAUACUCCCUUUGGGAAGUGCACCGGAUCAGACGGCUAUAAAUGCAUGCAUUCUUCGUUUAUUUCUCUUCCUCUUAUUAAUAUGACUUUGAGAAGGAUGGGUCUCUCUCUCUCAGUGUUGCAGUCACUGAUGUUUUUUCACGGUUAGUAUAUGUAUUCAGACGAGGGUCUUCUACACAGAGGGUAGAUCGUUCGGUUGAAAUUCAGAGAACCAUCCAUUAUCGGUGCAUGACUAAUGAUAACUCCAUCCAUGCCGUCUAAAUUGUGGGCCCUAUUGAUCUGGUACACAGACCAAAAAUUUCAGACAUUUUCUUUCUUGAGAUCCAAUCACAUUGUUUUGUUUUCUA